AUGACAACUCCUUUUUGUGGCUUGAUUGAAGAAAUCUGUGUGAUGUUUGUACAUCAUGGCACAAAGUUUGAUACUAAGAUGACUGAUUUACUGGAGUCCAAUGAAUAUCAAGUUACAACAGUUGAUAGGAUUCCAGUGGCAAUGUCAAUUCUCUCACAAGGAAAGGAAAAAGUUGAUGUGGUGAUAGUCAAUGUCCAUUCACCGGAUUCGCUUUGUUUUAAACUCUUGAAACAAGCAGAUGCCUUAGAUAUUGUCACUCUCUUUGUAUGUGAUGAACACGAUAAACUCUUUGCAAAGAAUGCUUUUGACAAUGGAACAUACUUGUAUAUGGAAAAGUCACUUGACGAAAAUAUUAUGAAAUACUUGUGGCAAUUUGUAUUAAGGAAGAAAUUACAAAGAGACAAAGUGAGAGAAGGACUUGAUCCAAAAGGAGAUCACAUGAAAUAUGUUUAUAACAUUGGUAAUGAAAACAUUGUGGGAAAUAAAGGACACGUUGGAGAGAAGAUUAGGUCUAUUAAUAAUGAGGAACAAACUAUUAGUAUCCAUCAGACUGAAAGAGGAACAUACAAAUUGAGGAGCAAGAGAUGCAGAAAAGGCAAAAAAGUGAUUCACAAAGGAGAAAGACAAAGUACGUGUGUUGAUAAGACUCUGAAGCGAAAUGACUACAUAGAAUGGACUAUGGAUCUCCGUGAAAAAUUCAAGGAAGCUACAGAACGACUUGGUGAUGGACGUUGCUUACCAAAAAAGAUACUCGAGAUAAUGAAUGUGCCAGGUCUUACCAGGAUGCAAGUUGCCAAUUAUCUUCAGAGAUGUCGUAUCAACCAAAGGAGACCUUUAGAAGAGCAAACAUAUAUUCAACAGGGAUCUUCAAGUGGUUCCCAACAAAGAAUUGAAACAAGUAGCUAUAAAAUAUCUGGGAGAAUACUUGAUCUUCAAACAAAUGUACCCAAUCAAAUUCAUGGAGACCCGGAGUUUUCACCAGUUAAUACCAACAAUAUUUAUGCUAGUUCAACUGAGCAACAACUCUGUCAUCCAGAACUUCACUCUAAUAGUGGUGAUCAUCAUGAUUACAACUUGAAUCGUGAAGCUCAAAAUGAUUACAGCUCAAGUCUCAAUCAAGUCUAUGUAACAACAAAUUCAACUAGUGCAAUGAUGACUGAUAUGAAUGGUGGGAAUGCGAUAAUCAAAGGACCAGGCGCAGCAAAUACUAAUUUUCAGCAAUACAUCGGUGAACAAAACAUGUUUGUGCCAAGCAAUACUGUUGCAACAUCAAAUACAUGUGUUAAUGACAUAAGUGAUUUAAAUGAGUGGGAAAAUUGUGACGCGUAUUUGAAUUUUCAUAAUAUGGAUUAUCUCUAUCAGAAUAUUGGAGCUUCAAGUUCGAUCCUACCUAAUGAACAUGGAAGUGAGUAUGAUCAAGUUUACUCUUUUGAUCAGAUACAGAUCAUGCCUCCACAGAGAGUUGUUCGACGUCGUCCUGCUAGGAUGAAUGUUGAUCCCCAUAAUCAAAGGGUACCGAAUGCAGCAGAAGUGCAACCCCAAGGAGAAGUUACUAAUGAUGAGUUCAGGGAUGCUAUCCGAAAGUUGAGUCACGUGAUUACCAACCAAGCUCGGCAACAUGGAGGGGUUCGACAGUGUAACAUUCCAGAUAUUUGUAGACUAAACUAG